AUGACACAGAAAUGGCAGCGUCGCGAGAUCUCCAACUUUGAAUACCUCAUGUUCCUGAACACCAUCGCAGGACGAACUUACAACGACUUGAAUCAAUACCCGGUCUUCCCAUGGAUUCUCACAAACUACGAGAGCGAGGAGUUGGACCUGAGCCAGCCCUCCAACUACAGGGAUCUUUCCAAGCCCAUCGGUGCGUUGAACCCGAGUAGGCGUGCGUACUUCGAGGAGCGGUACAACACGUGGGAGCAUGAGUCCACGCCGCCCUUCCACUACGGCACGCACUAUUCUACUGCAGCGUUUGUUCUAAACUGGCUAGUUCGCAUUGAGCCGAUGACGACCAUGUUCCUUGCGCUUCAAGGUGGCAAGUUCGACCACCCCAACAGACUGUUUUCCUCCAUUGCUAUGUCAUGGAAGAAUUGCCAACGAGACACCUCUGAUGUAAAGGAACUGAUUCCUGAGCUGUUUUUCCUGCCGGAGAUGCUUGUGAACAGUUCAGGCUUCAGACUGGGCAUCCCAGAAUCUCCCUCGGGAGACGUCAUCCUUCCACCAUGGGCAUCUUCCGCUGAAGAGUUCGUGCGCAUCAACCGAAUGGCGCUGGAAUCUGAAUUUGUCAGCUGUCAGCUACACCAAUGGAUAGAUUUAAUAUUUGGAUACAAGCAACGAGGUCCCGAAGCGGUCCGUGCGACGAAUGUAUUCUACUACUUGACAUACGAAGGUGGGGUCCGACUCGACCAGAUUACAGAGCCCGUAACCCGAGCAGCUAUUGAAGAUCAGAUCCGAAGUUUCGGUCAGACUCCUGCGCAGCUACUGAGCGAACCUCACCCUCCCCGCGCGUCCACGAUGCAUCUCGCUCCACUGAUGUUUGCUGCGGCCCCUGAUGACGUGUGUUUGAGACUGAAACUACCCUCCAACGCGGCUGUAGUCCACGUGUCUGCGAAUACUUACCCGCAAUUGACAAUGCCUGCUGUAGUUACGGUGAGCGCGGCCCGCGCGUUCGCAGCGCACCGCUGGGCGGGCGGCGGGUGUGCGCACGCGCCGCACGGGCCGCACGCGCCGCGCCACCAAGCAGACCACAACCACCACCCACACCAUCCACUGCUUAUGGAUCCUGUCUGGGCGGCGGGCGGUGCCCAGGCCCUGGCGAGGCGUCAGUUGGGCGACAACUUCUCCCAACGAGUGCGCGCGCGCAGCAACUGUUUCGUCACGACCGUAGACUCACGGUUCCUCAUCGCGGCCGGAUUCUGGGACAAUAGCUUCCGGGUCUUCAGCACAGAAACCGCUAAAAUAGUACAAAUAAUCUUUGGUCACUACGGCGUAGUGACGUGCGUGUGUCGCUCGGAAUGCAAUAUCACCUCCGACUGCUACAUUGCGUCGGGAUCCGAAGACUGCACUGUAUUGCUCUGGCAUUGGUCUGCUCGUCACGGUGGGAUUGUGGGCGAAGGAGAGACUCCCGCGCCCCGAGUCACGCUCACGGGACAUGACGCGCCCAUCAACGGAGUACUCGUGUCUGCUGAACUAGGCUUAGUCAUAUCUUCGUCAUGCCUGGUGCUGUCCCGGUGCGGCGAGUACCUGGUGUGCGGCGGGGACGCGGGCGUGGUGGAGGUGUGGCGCGCCUUCACGCUGGCGCCGCUGUACGCCUUCCCGCCCGCCGGCGCGCCCGUCUGCUCGCUCGCACUCUCGCACGACCAGAAGUUCCUGUUAGCUGGUCUCGAGAACGGUUCCCUGGUUGUAUUCCACAUAGACUUCAACAGAUGGCACCACGAGUACCAACAGCGAUACUGA